AUGCGCGCCCGUGAUAAUGGAGUGUAUUCCUACAACCACGGCAGAUGGUCCAGAAUAGAGGAAUUUAGUGAUAAGACAUUGCGAGACAUGGGGUGCGUGUUGCAGCUGGCUUCUAUGAUGUUUCGGCAUCUCCAUUCCGAGCAGAUUGCGCGAAGCUGGGAUGCAGUGUUCAGCUCGCUGGAACCCAUCCACGGAGAGAUCGAACAGCUGCCGCCGACGGCGCGACGCGAUUUCCUGAUCGGCAAGGGCAUCGGCGUCGUCUGGGCGGCCGAAGUGGGGAGGGUGCUCCAGGAAAUGGGCGCGAGAUUCAGCGGAAAAGGAAGGGGCGCUGAACUUAUGGAUGCAUUCGGCGCUUGCUUUCAGGAGCCGCGCCCUGAACAGGCUGCCCGCGUCGACUUUGAGGACGCCGCUCUUGCGCUCGCAGAAGGUGCGGGCGGAGGCGCCCGAGUCAGCCAGGUACACAAAUCGGAGGACAACAAGUGCUACAUGGCGAUGCCCAUGCAAUUUUCCUUGACAGUUCCAGACUGGGCCGUGAACGAGCUUACGCUCUUCACGACUACAACGUUUGCUGGUUGCCCCGAGGCCCGCAAGCUGGACAUUGCCAUGGGGGCCUUAGCCAUGCACAAUGUAGACCUGCCCCACGUUCAGCUUCUCAUAACUGGCAACGGCGGGAACGCGAAGUCCGCGCGGACACUUCUUCGGGGAAACGUGUGGGGCACCAUGCGCAAGGUGAUGUCUGCGCUGGCGUUUCAGAAGCCAGAGGAGUUCAGAAAACAAGGCUGCCAUUUCGCGCAUGCCAGGCUCACCACUGUGCAGGAGUGCUCGCCAGGCACCCCUCUAGAGGAGGACGUAUGGAAGUGCUUCGUGACUGGUGGUUUCCUCGCGUGCCGACCCCUCUUCGGGAAGACCACGGCGUAUUUCCAUUGGCUGAAGUGCGGCAAAUUCUGGGAAUGCAACCAGAUAUUUUGGGAAAUCCAGGGUAACCCGCAUAACGUCCAGUCGCAGAAGAGCUUUUGGAGGCGCCUCCGCGCGUUACAAUUAGCAGGGUCAUUUACGAGCGAUCCCAACGAGGUCGACGUCGAGAGAAAGAUCUUCCCAGAAGACAGCGAGCUUUCUAGCUUCCUCCAGGGGUCCUAUGCCAGAGUUGCGUGCGUCCAAUAUUUUUUGAUGCCGUUCAUCCAGCGGUUUUCUGCUGCAGAUUGUCGAUCAAUUCCCCUCAACCUGCCUGCCAAGAUCAUGGAGUUCACCAAGCAGGUCGUGGCGCAGAUGGCGAACGGCGGGCUGGAGCUGCCUGACGGAUUCAAGACAGAUGCAGCAAUGCAACAAGAAGUCGAAGCUGCACGUGACCUCAUGAUCAGGGUUCACCGAGCUUCUGCAGACCGCUACAUCAAGGCAUAUGAUGUUCCGAAGCUCCAAGUGGACCCGCCGAUACCUGGUACAUGGAAAACGUCCUCGAGGUCCGCUUCCGAAUGUGACAAUUUCAUUGCGGCGGCCAAGCUGUGGCCUUACCUGGUCAAUCCAGAUGCAGUUGUAUCUCCAGGGAAAGGUUCAGGCCAGUGCGCACAUGAAAGAUUGAUGAUCGACUUUGACAAGCUGGAUGGCAUCAUGAAAAAGUACACCCGAUCAGAAUUUGGUGGGUCAUUCAAGGACUGGGGCACGAUGUGGCAGAAUCGCGAGUUAAUGUUGUCGACGAUGGGCGGUGAGAUCAUGAAUUUCCAAGUGGGCAUGAUCCAUGAGGGUGAGUUCUCGAAGCAGAUGUGUGGCCAUCUCUUUGAAACGGUCAACGUGGCUUGCUUGCGAGACCACAUUGAAAGUGGCACGGACCGCAAAGCUGACGUAGCGCGGCGCUUCAUUGAGUUCCUCGAGUCGCAGGGAAGCCGAUCUGGUGACUACGUGACUGUGCGUGUCGAGUACCACCGGAGGCAUGGCAUUCCUGGGCGGCGGUACGCAGAUUGUCCGAGUGCUCAGAAGUUGUCCAGAGCGGCUCGCAAGGCGGCGUUCACGUUCGACGUUGCUUCUCCGGGUGGCGCUGGUUUCGUGUACAUUGACGUAGACAUAGAAAACUGUUUCCCGACGUUGCUCUGGAAGGAACUCAUCGAGAAUGUCGGAGACGCUGCGCGGACGGAUUUCGACGUGCUGUAUGCGUUCGUGUUUCACUACAGGGCGUGGCGUGCCGCUUUGGCCGAUUACUUUGGCAUCCCGUUGAAAGCUUCGAAGAAUAUGCUUAUUUCUAUUUUGCAUCUGGCCGCUCCCAUGGGCGAGUUGCCAUUCCUCUGGGCCUUGUCUGUGCAGAUCAAGCAGGCCGUCGACAUCGUCUUGUCGUCGGACAAUUUCCAGCAUUUGAACGACAUGUUCGCGUCUCGUCGUCACCCCUGUGCAUCGCGACUGCAUUUCGCGUGGGCCAGCGUGGAGGAUCCCAUCGUCCAGCAGGCGGAGCUCGCAAUGCUGAGAGACGUGGCAGACAGCGCCGUCAUGACAUGCAUGUUCGACGGGGCAAUUUUCCGCAUCCCUGAGUUUUCGCUGGGCGCCGCGCGUGCCAGUCUUGACCGCGUUGCCCAGCGCGAGGGGGUGGCGUUCACGGCGGAUGUAUUUCAGCCUCUGGAUGCGGAGGGCGGCGCAGGAGGCAAUUCGUCUCGGAGCAGCGCUUCGGAGGCAUCUGAGCUCACCGACAUGUGCCUUCCGACUUGCUUUCAGAAUUACGAUUUUCCUGUCGACGUGCGCAGGGGCGGCCCGUUCUGGAUUCUGAAUGACGACAAGGGGCGGGGGGGAACGCUGCAGAGAAACGCAUGGAAGAGAGAGGCGCACGUAGAGUUGGAUCGCAGUUUUGUCAACGCCGCCUGGUGGCUUCAGAUCUGCGCAGCCACAGGCAGUGGGGCACCUCCCGUGCUGUCGUCGAUGGACGCGCUCGGCGGCGUCGGCGGCGCCUCCAGUGCGCGCGGGCUUCUUGCCGCCAGCGCUACGCUCUGCGUGGAACGCUGCGUUUACGAUGCCAUCGUGCGCGGCAGGAGGGCGGCGCAAACGACCGUGCACGGCUGCGACGCCCUCGCCAAUGGCAGUCCCGAGGCACGUUCCAGCAAUGACAUGCGACGGCGUGGGAUGAUGGUUUCGCAGGAGUUCGGCGCCGUUGUCGCGGCCGCCGACAAGUGCAGAAGAGGCAAUGCUGCGAAUCGUUUCAGACAUAUUUGCGUGGCACAGGCCUUCAACGACCUUGGUUUCCCUGUCGUUGCCAGCAGCGACGGCCCUUUCUGGAUCAUUGAGGACGGCUGCGGGAUGCUCGAUCAGUUCGGGGUUGGCGUUUCUCGGUUCAACGCGGCGAGCGCCAGCGCCGUGGGCAAAUUCGUCAUCGACGACGGCGAGGGGCACGCCUAUGCACUGAUUGUAAGCGAGCACUGCAUCAUCAGCUUCUGCUCUGGGUUCGCGGAGCUGAUCACGACGCAGGAGCUCGGAUACAUCGAAAACAACGCCCGCUCGCGGAUCUUCUGCGUCUCCGACGUGGCUUGCGGCAUCGGCGGCGAUGGCGACAGCAAGUGUGGCGGCACAUCUGAUGCAAAGUGGCGCGGCAAUUGGCCUGCGCCAAAAAAAGGGAAGAGGCGCCAGGCGAUGCGCCCUGUUCGCAAGAAGUCGAAGGCGCACAGGCUCGUUGGGCAGAACCAUGAGCUCAUAGAGAGCAUGUACGCUAAUCUGUAUUCUGUUCGGGCAAGCUACGCAUUGGCGAUGGAGAAGAAGAUGAAAUUUGGCCUGUCUGGCGAGUGGGUGGACGUCGAGGCAGACGAGGUCGACCUGGCCAAAG